AUGUAUAAAGUGGAUUUGCCGGUGGACAACUCCGCGGAUGUGGCAGUGGAACGCCGACGGGCCGCAGAGGCUGCGCGCCAGGCGAACAUUUUCAACACCAGACACCGAGUGAUGGGUCUGGAUCUCAAAGCACUGGAGCAACAGGUGGUGGAGAACAAAGAAAGGGAGCAGAUGGAGAGUCAGCGAGAGAGGGCCUUCGGUAAGCACAAGGCAAGGGGACAAGUUGAAGUUUUAGAGGAGGAACUGAGGAAGAACCAAAUUUGAAAGCAUUUUACCAUAAAUUGCCUGUGUUUUUUUUCUUCAGAUGUGUUGAGAGUGACUCAAGAUGAAGUGUUGAUGCAACAGCAGCAGGAGGAGGAGGAGAGGAGAGCAGAGUUAAACAGAGACCUCAUCCAGUACCGGGCCAUCCGACAGCGGGCAGAAGACACCCGGGAUGCUGAUCUCAAUGUUCUCCGGCAGGGGGCGCUCGGGUUGUACAUUCCCAUCCCAGAGUCUGAGCUGGGACCUGCCAGUAUGCAAGUGUUCCAGGUAUCACAGAUGACACUGUUAUAAGCAACAAGAUAUCAAAGUGUUAAGGGAAAUUGGGAAAUAUGUUGGAAUGAAUGAAUAAUGCAUUUCUUACACAGUCAUUCUGUAGAAGAUGCCAUGGAAGAAAUGCAUAUCUCCUGACCUGGAUUUUAGCUAAUUUUCUUUUAAAGCAUUUUACUUAUUUUCUAAUUGUGUGUUUUCAUGGCCAUACUGUACUGUAUAUAUGUGUGUGUGUGUGUGUGUGUGUGUGUGUAUGUGUGUGUGUGUCUUCUUCUUCUGCUUCUCUGUUGUAUGCUGUACUCAGGGAGAAGGCAUUGGGGACAAUGACAAGAGGAGAGCUCAGAUGGAGCAGACAGAGAGAGCACUACGAGCACAGAGAGAACAGAAUGAGAAACUGCAGAAGAAGAAUAAACACAAAGGUGAAACAGACACACAGCUAUCAUACACACUAUGCACACCUACACUACACAUCACCCACACAAAUAACACAACACGCUCUCAUACACAUAACUGCACUCUAAACAGUAGCAUCAUCCAUCAACACCCCCUGAGAAUACGCACUGUGACCGUGGGAGUAUAUGAGUGGUGUUUGUGCAGCAUGACAAGAGGCAUUUGGAUGAUUUAAGGACACUAUCUGAACUAAAUAGGUGUGUGUGUGUGUGUGUGUUGCAGAGCUACUGAAAGGCACGGAGCUGGUACUGCAGGACCUGAGGGCUCUUCAUUUAGACGCUCUGGAAGAGGAGUGUAAGAGGGCUGGCCGUAUCGCUCUCAACAACUACAACCAUGCUCGGGUAGACACACACUCUCACACAUGCCACCAGCCAAGGAUGCACAGAUGAGACUGUGAGCUGUGACAUGGUUUUUUAUUUUAAUUACAAAACUAAUUGAAGACAUUAAGCGAUGCGUACACACUCACUCAGGGGAGAUGAUGAGCACAUUAGAGGCACUAAGCAAGUAAACUGAUUUGCGCUCACACACGACGACACAAACUGCUUUGAUGUAUGCGUGGGCAGAUGGUCUCCUUUCUAAAAAGCUUUUUCCCUCAUCUCAUUUGCCUGUCUGACUUGAUAUGAAUAGAUUCUCCCCAGUGGGAGGCAUCAUUAUAAAUGCUUCUGGUCACGCUGGUUUUCAUGUCAAUGUGGUUUCUGUUAGAUUUUUUUUCAAUUGCUUUGGUACUAUUUUCAGAAGUAUGUGAUACAUUUUCACAACUCUUGGCACAAAACUCCAAACUGGUCACACUUGUAACGGAGCCAGUCUUUCAUUCAAAACCUGUCAUUGUGCAUUCAUUUGGAUUGUAAACAUCUCUCACCUCACAAUCAUUGAUUCAAAAUAUACGUUUAUUGUGAAAUUUAAUGAGAGCAUUGGUUUAAUCACCAAAACACAACAUAAUGAAAUCUUUUCAAUUUAGUCGUUUUAACUGCGAGUUAAUCCAAUAGCAAACAAUGCAAGAUAUGCGUUUCAAAUCAUCCAUAGAAGUGCUGAAAGUAAUAUGCUACAGUACUGUAAAUUACAGUUUUCACAUUAGACAAUAUACUUGUAUUACCCAACAAAAUUGACAGAAAAUCUAGAAUUUCCAUGAUAUCUAUCCAAUGUGUAAUCAAAGGUGUGAUCAAUGAAGACAUCCUCUACAAUCAUUCAUGCAAAGAAAAUAUAUAUUUUUCAGAUAUAAUUGCAACAUAGAUAUACUGUCUGUAAUCAAAUGUAAUAAAUGAAAUUAACCUAAUUAAAGGAAUGAAAAUAAAACAACGUUUAGCACACAUUAAUUUGUAUCACGCCUCUCUUAAGCAUUUGGCCAUAAAUUCUCAUUCACAUCACAGUGAAUGUCCUCAUUGUUCAUGCACCGCGGGAAAAAAAAAAACUUUUGGCAUGGAGAAUCCAAGCUUGACAUUGGUCUGCAUUGAUGUCGUCGCAUGCCUCAUCCAUGGCCAGGAGGGUGGCACGCUCAUGGGGAUGGCGAUCGUACACCUUCCACCUCCAUACUGAAAAAAAUCUAUAGGGAUGAGGAAAGGAGAGUAUGGGGGCAGGUAUAGGGUCACGAAUCGGGGAUGGGCCCGAAACCAUGCCUGAACCACCUCUGCAUGGUGGAACCUGACAUUGUCCCACACAAUGACAUAGGUGACCCCUUCACCUUGACAGGCCUGCUCAAUUUCAUUUAGUGAGCAGCGUUGUAGGAUCCAAGCAAUGGCCUACAUCCUACCACACCAUCUUCAGAGAUAGCUGCGCACAUGGAGAUGUUUCCCCCAUGUUGUCCAGGAAUUUGGACGAUCGGUCAGCACACGGCCACGGCCACCACCAUGGGGUCUCCUGUCAAUUCUGAGGGUAGAGUAUACUGUCAAUAGAUCAUACUGUAACAUGUUUUGUGAAUUUACAUGCAUUACAAUGUAAUUUACUGUAAAUGUAAUGGUAAAGCAUAAUGCAUAUCCUGCAGACUUACCGGUUUUCUUGGCGAAAUGUUCUCCCGAUCGAAUUGACAGUUGAUCUUUUCAUAUUGGGGUGAACUAAUCUGUCAGCCUCUGCCAUGGUAAGGCCUCUGUUUACCACAUGGUCAUCGACAGACACAACAGUUCCCUGCCGUCUGCUUCCCUCUCUCUGAUGUCCACCUCUUUGACGGGGCCAUGCCCACCUCUUUGACCUCUUUGAUGGGGCCAUGCCCACCUCUUUGGCCUCUUUGAUGGGGCCCAUGCCCACCUCUUUGGCCUCUUUGACGGGGCCCAUGCCCACCUCUUUGGCCUCUUUGAUGGGGCCCAUGCCCACCUCUUUGGUCUCUUUGAUGGGGCCCAUGCCCACCUCUUUGGCCUCUUUGAUGGGGCCCAUGCCCACCUCUUUGACCUCUUUGAUGGGGCCCAUGCCCACCUCUUUGACCUCUCUGACGGGCCCCUUGUCCACGAGCUCUUUGAUUUCUUCCUCUCCCUUGCUGUCUAUCCUGCUCCAUGUUGAAAGAAAUUGCAAGUGUUUUUAUAUGGUGACCAAUUGUGGUUACCACUAUGUGAAAUCAAUUAGUCAUAACGAGUAUUCAUUAUGUAUGGUUAUCAUGUAUCAUACAUGUAAUUUAGAUGUUUAUACUUUACAAACACACAUUUUAUUUCUGUAGUUCUCAAAAUCCAUAUAUAGUAGACAAACCAGUUUAAAAUCUCUAGAUUUACCAAACGGUUAAGUGAUUAACCAUUAAGCGCAGUUGGAUUAAGUGAUGGUCAAAUGUAUUUAAACAAAUGAGAAGAGAAUCAUAUGAAAGUAUUGUGAGCAUUGCAUUGUGACAGGCAAUUAUUUUAUAUGAAAGGUAUUUUUAGAUGAAACACUGUUUAAGUUUGGUGAAAAAGUUACUGUGUGAUUUUGUGUGUUGUACUUAGUCAAAUGAAAAGGUGCUUAACGUUGAGAAAAAAACAGCCUUUUUGAUGAUCUGUUUAGAUUUUUGUACAAAGAGUUGUGACAUUUUACCACAUACUUGUGAAAAUAGUACCAAAGCGAUAAAGAAAAACUGUAAUAACCCCUUAUGCACAGUAGCUAAGCUACACUACAGACUGACAGAGUGGUUCAGACAGACAUAGUCCUUUUAGCAGGUAGCCUCUUAGGAAGUAAUUGACUGGCUCCAGAUAGACGUUAAUGCCCUUGCUCUCUCUAGGACCAGAUUAACCCUAACCAUAACAAUUAGGUUGAAGAGUAAAGGUUUGAUUCAAUCUGUAUCGUGGAAGUUCAGCACUAUAGUGUGAUCGAGCCGACAUAUGCAGCGUUUACCGUGAAUGCAGUCUCCAUAAAUGCAGGAAGAUUGCCUUUAAAUUUAAAUCGCGCUAUAGUGAUGAACUUCCGCUAUACAGAUUGAAUCAAGCCCUAAAUAUACACUGAGUGUACAAAACAUUAAGAACACCUUCCUAAUAUUGAGUUGCACCCCCUUUUGCCCUCAGAACAGUCUCAAUUCGUCAGGGCAUGAACUCUACAAGGUGUCGAAAGCGUUCCACAGGGAUGCUGGCCAAUGUUGACUCCAAUGCUCCCACAGUUGUGUCAAGCUGGCUGGUUGUCCUCAGUGUAGUGUACCAUCCUUGAUAUGAAUGGGAAACUGUUGAGUGUGAAAAACCCAGUAGCGUUUCAGUUCUUGAAACACUCAAAGCGGUGCGUACUACCAUACCCCGUUCAAAGGCACAUAAAUAUUUUGUCUUUCCCAGUCACCCUCUGAAUGGCACACAAUCUAUGUCUCAAUUGUCUCAAGGCUUAAAAAUCCUUCUUUAACCUGUCUCCUCCCCUUCAUCUACACUGAUUGAAGUGGAUUUAACAAGUGAUGGAAAGAGAGGGUGUUCCUAAUGUUUUGUACACUCAGUGUAUGACCGUGUAUCAGUGCAACUUCUACCUACUCCCCAGAUCUUGUGACAGUGACCCUUAACUCUCUCUUCUCUUAGGAGGUCAUGGAACUUUUGGUCUAACUUCUGACCCUUGAACUCUAACCCUCUCUUUGACCCCCACCCACAGGCUGUGGAGCGUGUAGAGAAAGAGAGGAAGGAGCGCAUGAGGAAGGAGGGAGAGGAGAUGGCAGAGGUGUGGCACAUGGUGACAUCAGACAUCCUGACAGAAUGUCCCAAGGCUGCAGAGAGAGAAGUAGGUGGAGGCCCAGUGGGCGGGCCCAGGGUGCUGACGGACAGGUGGAGGGGGAUGAGCCCAGUUCAGCUGAGCGCCAUCCGCAGGCAGAGAGAUGAACAGCGCCUAGAGGGAGAGGUACUGAUAACCUCGGCUACUUGUGAACGACUUUAAUUUUAGUGCAAAUCUUCCAUUGACACUAAUGCAUAUUUUAAAGUCAAAUCAGUUCAAAAUCUGCAUUCAGCUCAAAGAGAACACAUUCAUAGAGUCUCUAUUGAUUGUUGUGAUCAUAUAAAUAACAUUGUUUUAUCUCUAUGGUUGUGAUAGGCAAUCAUCAUUGUUGAUUCAUCUCCUGAAGAAGCAAUCUCAUCAUGAACCUCUCCUUCGAUCUUCACCCUCAGGCUUAUUAUCAUAUUUCUCAUAUUUCCCCUAUUUUCUCAAAUCAUUUUAGAGGCUGAGGGAGUUUGAGAAGCAGAGAGACGCUGCCUGGGACAUCCAGCGCAUGGUGCAGACCCGAGAGGAUGAAGAGGAGGAGCGGAAAGUGAUGGAGCUGAAGAAGGAGAAGAGGAUUGAGAUGGACCGAUACAACGAACAGCUGGCCAGAGAGCAGCGAGAACAGUAAGCACACAACCACACUCACACACAUCCAUCUUUACAUUCUUUCUUUACACAUACCGAGUGAGCAACAUCAUGGCACAUAACCAUAUUCAAUAGAGACACACACACAAACACUGUACUGUCAAAGUAUAAAGAGAUACUAUUCCGUACAUGGUGAAAGAAUUCAAAGUCCCAGUUUUCACAUUAAAAAAAAGACAUUUUUGUUGUAAAACAGAUUUCACAGUGUAUUUUCUCCAUCUUGUCUCACCAGUCAGCAGUACCUGUCCAAGACGCUGUAUACCAACAGACCUACGGCCCAGUACUUUAAUCAGUUCAACAGCAGCUCACGCUGA